AUGAUUUCUAUUGAAACGAUCUUAAGAUUCUUGAAGUUACCUUUAGAUCUUCUUGUAGUUGUCAUCAAGUAUUAUCUUGGUGCUACUAAAUACAGAAAGUAUGCUAAUAGAUUGAAAAUUUGUCUCAAACUCACAAUCUAUAGAUUUGGUCUUAGUAUUCCAAUCCAAGAUGCCCAUGUUUUGAAAUUUAUGGAAAACUCAACAUUAUUCAAAGUAUUGAAAUUCCAAUAUCCAAAACUUACUAGUACCAUCCCAGGAUAUGGUGAACAAUUUGGAAAUCAUGGUAUUUGGUUUGCCAAAGACAAUUUCCGUGAAAAAGAUGAUCCAAUAAUCAUUUAUAGUCAUGGAGGUGGAUAUUUCUUAGAAACUCAAUUAGAACAAUUGAAAUCACUUGUGGCUAUUUACAAACAUUUGGAUCCAACUAAGAAAUAUUCCAUUUUAUUCUUAGAUUAUGAUUUGGUUUCAAUGGGACGAAAAUUCCCUAGACAAUUGAAUCAAUUAGACCUGGUUUAUUCUGAUUUGGUAGAACAAGGAAACACCAAUAUUAUCUUAAUGGGAGAUUCAGCUGGUGGUCAUUUAUCAAUUUCUUAUGUACAAUAUAUUUAUUCCCAUAAACCGUUUUUACCAUAUCCUAAACAGUUGGUAUUAAUUUCUCCAUGGUGUAAAUUGAAUAUCGAUAGUAAAUCUGAAAGAAGACCUGGUAGAUCUUAUAAUGAUAACAGAUUAAGAGAUUUGAUUUCAAUUGACAUUUUCAAACCUGAAUUAUUUGAAUUAUUCCUUAAUCCUAAGAAUAUUGAAUUCCAUCCAUAUUUCAAUUGGUCUCAUGAACCUGAAACAAACUGGUCAAAGAUCCCAUUCUUCAAAGAUCCAAAGAAUAAAGUAUUUGUGAUUUAUGGUGAAGAUGAAAGUUUCAGAGAUCAUAUUAUUGAAUGGACUAAUGAAGUUUUCGGUAAUCAUUUGAGUUAUGAAAGAACUAACAAUAAAUAUUCAGAAAUUUGUACCAAAACAAUCGAGAGUAAAGAUAAACCUAAAUUAGUUACUUAUAUGGAACCUUGGGGAGUCCAUGAUGGUAUUUUCUUUACUGAAUAUGAUGCUAUUGGUAAUAUAGAGAAUGCUAAAACUGAUAAAUAUUUUGGGAUUUCCAAAGUAAUUAAGUUUUUAAAUGAAUAG